GCUGAGAAAGAAAAGAGGAAGAAGAAGAAAAAAACCGGGAGGAAUUUAAACUGGUGGUAAAGGAAAGGAAUGGCUGAUCCUCUGCGGAGGACUUUACUAGCGAAACUCCGGGGGAAGAAAUCCAAGAAAGGAGCAGCGACGGUCGGCGGCGGCGGCGGCGGCGGACACUGCUGCUCCACCGCGGCGGCGGCGGCCAACGGGGGCCGAGAAGGUAAAGAAAAAGUUUCGCAAACGCAGCUGCGCGACCCCGCCGAGGCUCUCCCGGUAGUCGUGCUCGCGGGGCUGGAUUGCACGGCGGAGAGAAUGAGUACGUACGAGAAUUGUGUUGACGGGGCGGCGGCGGUGCGAACCGAGGCGGUGGUUGUAGCCCCGGAGAGGCGCUCUUCUUCUUCGGCGGCGGAGUUGUCCGGCGCGCGUCCCCAGGAGCGGAGCGGUGGCGGCGGCGGCGGCGGGGGGAGCAGGGUUCGGGUUAACGAGGAGCUCCCGGGGGUCUCACUUCAAAGAGAUGUGCGCGGCGGGGGGCACGGGUGUGGGGAUGCCGACAGGAGCCACCGGGGGCCCGGAUCCGCCGCGUUGUGUGCGGGGUUGCCGCUUGGAGGACCGCAUGUCCAGAGGAAACGCUACGUCUCGGUGCCGCGGCAGUGCAGCGUCGGGGACUCCAUCGGGUUCGGGGACAACUCGAACCACGUUUUGCACCACCGGGCACAGGUGGAGGCGCACGGGCUCGGUAAACCACCAGAGGGCCGAGCCUCCGCUGCUGUUGUUGUUACCGCGGACGGCGAUGGCACGGAGCCCCGGGACGGAGCACCCUGCCGCCGGCACAUGGCCGCAGCGGUGGCCGUGAACGAGCACAACGCCAACCGGAGCGUUGACAGCCUCCUCCAAACUUCGGAGACGAGCGCGCGCGUCCGCGCCGAGCCUCCGGAAAACAUCGUCAUCAGAACCAUCGAGAGCUACGGGCCCGAGUACGCAGGCGACUUCAGGGGCACUGCGGGGGGUCCGCAGAGCCCGACCUUCUUCCCCACGCAGUUAGACAUCUACGACAUUAACGUGGCGUCCCUGUGCGCCACGGCGGAGUCACUCCGGUACACUCUGGGUAGCGAGGAUGAGGAUUAUUAUGACAACGAAAUAUUGCCUUUUUAUGAAUCGAUCAGAGCCAAAGGGGAUGGGGAGCGAGAGAUGGCAGAGCUGCCGCAGCCGGGUCAGGGUAGAGAACAUCUGGAUGGUCGUAACGGUGCACAGGAAACCGACCGGCUCCGGAUCCAGCUGAAGGAAGCCUACUUCCUUCUCAUCAACGCCAUGAAUGACAUCAACCUGGAUGUCCACCAGAUGAGCGGCGGUCUGAUCGAGCAGCGGGCCGCUUCCUCCUGCAGUAGCCGCUCCAGGGACAGCCUGUGCUCCGGGUUGUCCGCCAAAAACAUGGACAGCGACUCCUGGUCCUCGGGGGGCGACCGCAGCCCCCAGCAGGUGUCCGACGCCGACUCGCUGCUCUGCCUCGGCGGCGGCGGCGGCGGGAACCUCGAGUCGGGCCUCGGCGGCGGCGGGCUGAACAGUAGGAGCUUGGUGAACCUGUGUCCGAUCGGGAGAAGGCCCGUUUUGCGGCGCUCCGCGAGCGAAGGAGCCGUCGGGUGGUCAGGCGGACCCUCGCUGUGCAUUCAGAACCCCGGAGGUCCGGAGAAAGGGGCCGCGGAGACGAAGGGAGCGGCCCGGGUUCGGUCGGAGCCGUCGGGGCCCGGCGCCAACGGCAGCGACGAGAUUCUGCCGCGAGACGGCGGCGGCGCGGGCGAAGGCGGCGGCGGGCGGCUCGACGAGAGCGGCGGCUCCGUCGACAGCCUCGCGGGUUCUUCGGAUGGCGACGGCAAGCGGGAGGCGGCCGGCGCCCGGGACCGCUCCUCCUCCGUCAACAAGGGUCACGGGGUCACCGUCAACAAGAUGCAAGAGUGGAUGCACAAGGGCCGCUUGUUGUCCUCGGAGAUGAAGCAGCGCAUCGAGGGCUCGGCUCCGCCCCCCCGCGGCGGAGGCCAGAACCAGGACCCCCCCGCUGGGUCCAAACCGGGGGUCCAGACCUCCGGCCGAGGGGUUAAAUGUGUCAAGGUCAAGUCACCGCAGCAGCAGCAGCAGCAGCAGCAGCAGCAGCAGCCAGCUUUCGUCGAGAACGUCCAAACCCCCUGCGCCAACGGCCGAGAGGCGGGCAGGGCCGGCGAGUCUUCGUCAUCGCCUUCGUCGUCGUGGCGCCCACCGCUCACCACCAUCACCGUCUCCAAGAAGCGCAACUGGCUGCAGCAGAGCUCCCUCGGGAGGAAUCCCUGCGCCAAGGACGAGCUGCAGGGAACGCCGGGAGGAGCUGAGGAGGAGGGCUCCCAUCAGCCGCCGCCUCCUCCCAGCCCCUCUCCGGACCACCUGAGACACUCGGGGGGAGCUCCAUCACGACCAGCCCGCCUGCCCCUGCCUCAGAUCGCCGCGGGUCAGGCCAAGGCGCCUCCUCACCCUCGCAGCGUGGACCCGGCCGAGGAGAACGACGCCGACGACGAAGGAGAGAUCUGGUACAACCCGAUCCCCGAGGACGAGGAACCGGACACGUCUCAGCGAGCCUCCUUUCGACUGCGGGUUCCCCCCGGCGCCGAGUCCCAGAGGAGGCCCGGCAGCAGGGGAGGAGGAGGAGGAGGGGACGCGGGUCACGGCGCCGCCGGGCCGGAGGCAGUCGGCGAAAGCGGUCCGGGAGACGGGAGUCAGGGGAACGCUGCACAUCACACAGAUGCUCCACAUCUGCACAGACAGAUGGUCGCGUGCAAACCCCAGGAGGAGGGGGGCGGGGCUUCCACCAGCAAAGCCACAGAUGUUCCUGACCUGCCCCCUGCUAUCAGCUCGCCACCCUCCAGCCCAAAUCCAGCGAAGAAAAGCAGCUCCAUCAACUGGUCCUUCCCAGACAAGAUCAAGUCCCCGCGCACCGUGAGGAAGAUCUCCAUGAAGAUGAAGAAACUUCCGGAGCUCAGCCGCAAACUCAGCAUCAAGGGCACCCCGAGCAGUAGCGGCAGUAACGGCAACAACGGAAGCGGCCAUUCAGAGCCCAGAGCCCAUUCUCCCCGAAACAACAACAACGUCCCCCGUUCCUCGGGCCCUCCUCGCUUAACCGCAUCGGCGUCUUCGUCCGGGGGCGGGCAGGCCAGCCGCAACGUGAUCUCGCGCUACCACCUGGACAGCAGCGUGUCCACGCAGCACAGCUUCAGCAAGAAGAAGAGCAACGGCGGCUCCAAGGCGGCCAGUAAAGGCGGCUACCUCAGUGACGGGGACUCCCCGGAGCUCGUGGCCAAAUCUGGAAAGCACUGCUCCGCCGAGGUGAAGGGGGGAAGAGGCAAGGAGGUGGAGGGCGGAGGCUCUAAACUCAACGGCACGGAGCUGGACAUCGACGCCUUCCGCCAUUACAGCUUCACGGAGCAGCCCAAGUGCAGCCAGUACAUCUCCGGAUUGAUGAGCUUGCACUUUUACGGCGCCGAGGACCUCAAGCCUCCGCGGGUCGACUCCAGAGACGUCUACUGCGCCAUCCAAGUGGACUCGGUCAACAAAGCGCGCACCGCCCUCCUCACGUGCCGGACGACCUUCCUGGACAUGGACCACACGUUCAACAUCGAGCUGGAGAACGCGCAGCACUUGAAGCUGGUGGUGUUCAGCUGGGAGCCGAUGCCGCGGCGCAACCGCGUCUGCUGCCACGGCACGGUGGUGCUGCCGGCGCUCUUCCGGGUGACGCGUAGCCACCAGCUGGCGGUGAAGCUGGAGCCGCGGGGCCUGAUCUACGUCAAGCUGAGUCUGAUGGACCAGUGGCAGAACUCGCUGGACGGCGGCGGGCCGGGCGGAGACCGGGAGCCGCGGGUGUUUGGCGUGGAGGCGUGGCGGGUGGUGGAGAGGGAGAACGCGGGGAUGUUGAUGGUGCCGCUGCUCAUAAGCAAGUGCAUCAACGAGAUCGAGAAGAGAGGCUGCCAGGUGGUGGGUCUUUACCGACUCUGUGGAUCUGCAGCCGUGAAGAAGGAGCUGCGUGAGGCGUUUGAAAGAGACAGCUGUGCCGUGGAGCUGUGUGAGAACACGUAUCCCGACGUGAACGUCAUCACAGGAGUGCUGAAGGACUACCUGCGCGAGCUGCCUUACCCUCUGAUCACCAAGCAGCUGUACGAGGCGGUGUUGGACUGCAUGGCCACCAGGCCGCUGCGCAUCGCGGCGGCGGGCUGCGAGAACGACCAGGCGGACACAGAGCACACCGUGGGCCUGCUGGACAACCUGCCGGACGUGGAGAGGAUGACCCUGCAGACGCUCCUCGACCACCUGAAGCUGGUGGCGUCGUGCCAGGACGUGAACAAGAUGACGUGCCAGAACCUGGCGGUGUGCUUCGGCCCGGUGCUGCUCAGCCAGCGGCAGGACGCGUCGUGCCACACCAACCGGGUCUUCAUCGACUCGGAGGAGCUGGCCAGCGCACUGCACUUCAAGAAGCACAUCGAGGUCCUGCACUACCUGCUCCAGCUGUGGCCUGUCGUGGACCCUCACGGCCGCUCCUCCUCUCAGCGCCCUGCAGCCUCACCGGACCUCCUCUUAGCUCCUCCCCUACGGCGGAGGAGAGAGCGUCCCCAGGUCCUCAACCUCUCCGAGGCGGAGAUGGCGGGCGUCCUGCGGCCCAAGCCGGGACGCCUGGACAGCCCCAGCAACCGCUACGCCGGCGACUGGAGCACCUGCGGCGAGAGCUACUCCCCGUGUCAAUUUCUGCUGCCUGCCGACAAAGAGGAGGCGGACUACGACGAUGUGGCCUCUGAGGACACGGAGGCGGCGGCCGAGGAGGUGCGGCGGGAGACGGAGGAGGAGGAGGAGGAGGAGGAUAACGGGCAGAGGGUCACAACGCCGGAGGAUGCUCCUGUCGAGCAGGAGCAUCCUCCGGGAGACGAGGACGUGAAGGACGAGGACGAGGAGGAGGAGGAGGAAGUUGAGAGUGAGACAAGCAACGGGCAGACGUUAGAGGACAUGGAGGAGGAAGAGGAGGAGGAGGAGGAGGAGGAGAGGAUGUGCGAGCAUAUCCUGCCUCCUCGUCUGCCCAUAGAACACGCCUACCAGGCCUACAUGAAGAUCCAGGACAUCAGCCCCGUGCUCAGCAACCGGGUCAACCUCCGAGACCUGCAGGAGAGCAUCGACACCCUGAUAGGAAACCUGGAGCGAGAGCUCAACAAGAACAAGCUGAACGUAGGAUACUGACUCACACACACACACACACACACACACACACACACACACACACACACACUCACAGAGCCUGACGGGGAGACCUUCUUUACCGUUCGAGGUGCUUCAGUAUUCAGCGCCUGUGCAAAAAAACACACGACUAAAGGACGAGGUGAGAAGAAAUGCAACGGGGCACUUCUGGCGUAUUUUUUAUUUUUUACCCGCAGACAUUCCUUAAAGUUGUUACUUUCGUGUCGUACGUUUUUUUUUUUUUUUUUACGGUCCGGUUCCGUGUUUUUUUCCUUUUCUUCCCGUGUUGUUGUUGUUGUUGUUAUUGUCGCUUCUCUUCUUAUUAGAAGAACCCAUCGACCCCUCAGGGGUUUAAACGGUGCCUUAAUUGUGUGAAGGUGGUACGUCAGGAGGAAAUUCCACCCUGAAAUACGAUGCAUUCCCCUCGUCGCGUGAUCUCGACACAGUGUUGACAACCUCUGUGACGUUAUGGAGAUAUGAUUUUACAUUGGAAAGUGUGUUAUGUUAUUUAGCAGAGGGGCUCCACUCAUGCAAUCUUUUAAGCGGUGAUGCUGAUGUUAUUCCGGGCAAAAUUCCCGAUGUACUUUAUUUUGAAAUUUACCAUUUUCCUUUACCAAAACAUCCCAGUGCCUUCUAGAGUUUUCGACCAAAAGUAUUUUGUUGGCACGCUUCUGAAGCAGCUUUUGGACACUUACGCAACAGUGGUAGGCCCCCAAAAAAAUAUGUGAUACAUUAGGCGUUGCGAUUUAAGAAUUUGAUCCCAAAAAAUAUUUUUUAUUAAAUGAAUUGAAGAAUGUGCCGAGGAAAUGGCGGUUUUCUUCGGGGCCUCUAUCGUUUUUGGCAGCGGAUGAAAAAAAAAAUCCCUUUGUUUUAUUGAACCCUCUUAUUGACCAGAAGAUAAGUCUCCAAUGCUGAACGGGAAAUCUAGAGCAUGUAAACAGGGUUUAGUAAUACAAAGAUCAUCGGAGGAACCCGUGUACAUUCUGUUUCAGGGUGGAUUUCCUCUCUUUUUUAAGGCAGCAGAGAUCUUUUCUAUCGAGGUAUGAGACACAAAAUGGUGUACAACAAUAAUGCACUUAUAAGGCAGGCAGUAGUGUAGAUCGUCAUGCUAGUUCACGGACCGUGGGAGAAACAGCCGCCACGGAGAAAAAAAACUCCUAUGAAAGAUAAAUAAGACAUAUGAUAUGGCUUGAAAUGUAUUUACGUUCUGUAAAGUGUGACAUGUUUAGACGCACGUGUCCAGGCACACAAUAGAACUCUAUCUCUGAACAAUAGAGAUGCAUUAGAUUUUAAGCGAGGCAACUAAAACAGAUCAAAUGGGUUUCACGUGGCAUCAUAUUUACUUACUCCCAACGCUUUGGUAAAUGAGCUCGUUUCCCUUUCUUGUGCGAGAGUUAGUCGAGAGGAUUGAUGAUGACGUGUUUGUGUAUGUGUGCUAAAUAUUAGGCUAGAACGAGAAAAACAUGAUCUUAGUUUCGCUACGUUUAGCGUCGAGACUGGAGGCAACCCUUUCCUGUUUCCUGUGUUAGCAUUGGGUCUUUCAGAUUAGCUUGGAUUAGCUUAGAUUAGCUCACUUAUCAAUCUUCGAUACCUCUCCGCAGAAAAAUCAAAUCAGCUCCAUUUCUAAACACGUGGAAUUAUUCCUUUAAAUACCACCGACCGGUCGACUUUCCGCUUCUCCCGUCUUUUUUUGCCGAAAUGUGAAGCACAAGUUCAGAAAGCUCUGCGCGGAGGGCUACGGUUAGCACGACUUAGCUAGCUGCCGACAUUUUUUGACAACGGACGUUGUUAGCGAUCCAGGGAUUCAGCACGAUCAGUAUUUAACCUGUACAUGUAUAUAAUUAUGAUAUAAAUGUAUUCGGAGUAUAUUAUUUUUUACAGCUUCUUAUUUCAAUGGCGUAUUUAAAUACUUGCGAUGACCUCGUCGUGUCGAAGUCGUCGCUUUUCCUCCCUUCAAGCUACCUGGACACAUCUGUGCUGGACUAAUGGUACAACUUUAGCAGUAAAAAAUAUGUGAUAAAAUCGUGCUCUUGCAGAGAAAAGUGAUAUUUUUAUUGCAUUGUGUGUAUAUAUUUGAUAUUGCUUUGUGUCUGUGGUGGACUACGCUCUGUUUAUGAUGAUUAUCGCUGGUUUUGUUGUUUUUUUACGGAACUGAACGUUGCAUGGUCAAAAGCUUUAUUGACAUAAACGAGGCUCUUUCUCUCACGCCUUUUGUAUUUGAUAUUUAUGUGUAAAAAGACUUAUUUUGUAAUGUAUGCUCGUUUGUUCGUCGUCCCGUUCCUUCAAUACACAGAUGACCGCACUGGUCAAGCUUUUCUCCAGAGGACUCACACGUGAUGACAGUGAUGUACUUUGUGAAACUUCCAUAGUACACAUCAUAUAUUCAGCAUUAUCUGAGAAUACGGCCUUUUCAUUUCCACUGUGAAAUAAUCGCAACUCAAAUUGUUAUCUGCAGUCUUGUUUUCAGUUUUUCUUUUCUUAAAGAAAUACACUCGUUUUUUUCCUUCGCAGUGGCAAUAUCCUUUGCAAUAUUUUAGCAACUGCAUAAUGUUUUUUUUUUGGGUGUGUUACAUCUUGGAUUGUACAUUUUCUGUCUUGUCCUCUUUGUCCUUUGGAGAGAAAAUGUCACAUGGAAGGCAUCAAUAAACAAAACAAAAAAAGUUUUGUAUUGAUCCUGAGAAAUGUAUGAUCAUAAUAAAGUAUAUUAUUUUACAUUUA